CUUACCAAUUUACUUUCUGUAUUGUUGACAGCAACAGACUGGGGACCAAUCUUCCAGUGAGAGCUCAUCGUCAUCUCAAACUCACUGUAAGCAGUCUCAUCCUCAAGACAGUAACAACAUACCCCAACAAGGCCUUUCAAAGCUAGAAGAUAUGAAGGUGAGUGACUUGAAAGCUGAAUUGAAGAGACGUAACUUGCCAGUGUCAGGGGCAAAACCCCAACUUAUUGAAAGAUUAAAGCCCUAUUCUGACUCAGCCAUAAGUUCCUGUACGACUUCUUCACCAAGUGACAUUUCCACCGUGAGCUCAAAUGCUAUGCCAGCACCAGUCAGUGUGGGUGGUGCCCUUGUGUCUCCAGCUCUCCAUCAAACUACCAAAAGUGAAACUCAGCCCAUGUCUCCCCCAGUAUCCAUGGAUACUACCAUUACUGUGGCUGCUUUUCACACAUGUGAACCCACAGUUGGGAUCUAUCAAUUAUCCAAUGGAAUACAACAGUCACAAUCAUCAGUAGUUCCAAUGGACAUCGACACAAAUGUCACCACAGAUCCAAUGGAAGUAGGAGAAAAUGCACCUAAAGAGGACAUAGUACAGUUUCAGCAGAAACGUAUUGAGGAACUCCAGUGGGAGCUUCAAAG